AUGGUUUCCUUCACCGCUCUCGCUCUUCUGGCAACUUCUGCCAUGGCCGGCCCUGUCGCUCGCCAGAUUGCAAUCCCCGAAAACUGGGAUUGGCAAGUUGAGAACUGGGAGGCUGGUUGCGGUCGAUCCGGCUGCUACUACAACUUCAACGUCACCGUACCGACCAUCAAGGGAGAGAUCGCAGGUGUAAAGGCGUACUGCCACGGCUACGAGCAGGGAUACGACAACAGCUUCACGGUCCCUUCAACAUAUGAGACGUGCCAGCUGCUCGAGGGUGUCAACAACGGUGUUGCGGCUAGGUUUUCUUUGAGGGAAAACGAUGGCCAAGGAUUUGGACCCAAGGAGAUUGAGGUCAGCUUCUUAUACGCUGGAUACGAGGACCGCCCUGCCUACAACUUCUCCGGCAGCCACGAGGCCAGGUACAACCAGUUUGUUGCACCACAACUCAACUUCACUAUCACCCCUACAAAGGUGUUUGGCAUCGCAUAA